UGUACAGUCACUUCCAGUUAAAGUCCACAUCACAUGACUGGACUAGCCUUCCAGGUAAUUCCUUUAAUCCAUCACCAUGACAACGGAUGUGAGACUGGUUACUCUGGAUGCCAUGCCGUCUACCACUGAAGACUCUUCAAACAGUAACACCCUCUACACGCAGAGGGAAGAUGAGGAAGGGGAAGGAGGGGAGGAUGCCCCCUCACCCCUUGUCAACCAGACCCUCCCCCAUCACCCAGGCAAACCUCACCGGAGGUACUCCACCCAACCACAAGACUUGAAAGUGAGAUGCCGCACAUCCUCCGGAGACUCCAACAAUUCUCUUGUCUUUGGAGCAAGAACAUCUCCUCUCAUGAACAUUGUCUUCCUGGACGACUUCGUCAAAGAGGAGAUAGGAAGUGGCUUCUUUGCCACUGUUUACAAGCUACAGCAUCGAGACACUGGACAGGUGAUGGCUGCUAAGAUCAACACUAAUCAGAAUAACUGGGAUAAUGUGCAUCAUGAAAUACAACUCAUUAGUCGCUUGGUACACCCUAACAUCAACAGGUUUAUGGGACUCUGCAUCCAUGAGGGCAGUCUUCAUCCACUUUUAGAGUUCGUCAAUGGAGGAACGUUAACAGACCUGCUUUGUGACAACCAAGUUUACCUAUCAUGGAUCGUAAGGAUUAGCUUAGCGUCGGACAUCGCUGGAGCUAUGGCUUACCUUCACAAGAAAGCUAUUAUGCACAGGGAUCUAACAUCAUCAAAUGUUCUAAUCAAGAGAACUGGUUUGGACAUGAAGGCCAUUAUUUGUGAUCUGGGACUCUCUUGCAGGUUUCCAAGGGAGUUGUCUAGUCUGAAGUCCCCGGUAGGAACUCCAUUCUGGAUGGCCCCAGAGUGUUUGCACUACAAACCAUAUGAUGAGAAGAUUGAUGUCUUCUCAUUUGGCAUAUGUUUGUGUGAGAUGAUAGCAAGAGUAACGGCAGAUCCUGAUGAGCUUCCAAGAUUAAAUGACUUUGGUCUAGAUGAAGUAGGCUUCCAGUCGAUCAGUUCAGGCUGUCCAGAGCCUCUCUUAGAACUAGCUUUUUCCUGUUGCAAGAUGAAUAAGAACAGUAGACCAGCGUUUGUAGAUAUUGAGUUUCAACUGCAGCAUAUCAAGAUCAAGCUUGGACGGAACGACAGGCUGAUGACGGACAAAGGUGAUAAAACCACAAGAUCUCGGCGUCACACCGUUUAUUUGAAUGUUCCUAACACACCCAACGCCCCAGCAGUGCAGCAACCGCGUAAGCAUCCUUUAGUACGAAGCAACUCGGACAGAGGGGCACGGGAUCGCAGGCAUUCGCGCCAAAUGAACCGAACAAAUCCCUUUGAUACGCCAUCGUUGAACGGUGGCAGGACAAAGUUUGUGAAUUCAGGUCGGGACCAGCUGAAGCAGCUGUCUCCAGAUAUGUCCUUGGACAUCGGUCAAGUGCUUUCCACCUUGUUUGGAAGGACGGACAUCAUGAGUAUCUUUGAGCAGCCGAUAAAAAGAAGACUUUCCGUUUCCUUGCCUUCGUCUCCGGAGCUCCAUCGCCGGGAGCUCUCGAUGGAGGAUGAUGACUUCUAUGAUGAUCUCAUGAGCUGGCCAAGCUCGUCGGAUACCUUUGAACUUAGUACGAGUAGAACCCCUCCCCCUCCGGAUGAUGCAUCACCCCCGUAUGGAGUGGGAGAGUCCGCAGAGUCAGCAUCAUGCAGCAGUGCGCAGGAUGAUACCACUUUAAAUGGAGGGGAGCCUCACAAUAGCAAUAGAAAUGGACCAAAUUCCAAUGAUAAUAGGAGGUAGGACUGGUAGAAGGGUUCUACUCAAAGACUGAAAGCGAAUGGAUGGUGGGUCUAUGCAUGUAUGCAUCAUCAUAAUAAUGGCCCUUUAUCUAGGCUGAAAUAAAUAAAAAUGCCAAAUGUGAAAAAGGUUGUAUCUUAAGAAGAAAUGGGUUUGGAGUUUCAAAAGUUAUUCUUACCUAUCGCAUGUGUAUCUACUAUGCAGACAAACAGAGAUUAAGUCUUAACCAAUGAUAUGAAUAUGCAUAUGUUCAUCUAUAGUCGUACUGUAGUUAUUCAGCAUUUUACUCAUUUGUGCUGUUCUCUGAUCGUGGCAUUAAGCUCUUGUAUAGCUUGCAUACUUUAUCUACUACGAGUGUCUUGUAUAGUACAUGAUUACAUGAUGAUGAUGAGGGUUUUAUCUGAAAAGCCAACUCUCAUACUCCUGGAUGUGGAGAGUCAAUGAUAAAAGCCCUGCCUUGUAAAACUCAACCUAGUCUUCAAUCAAAUGUUAGAAAUAAUUGAUAAGUAAAAAUAGGAAACAUCUUCACUCUGUGCAUUUUUUAGAUAGGCAUCCAGUUUGAAAUUUGUGUCAAAAAAAAAACGAAAUUUCAUUCCUUUCUGUCAUUUGCAUGCUUUGGAUAGUACUCUUGGCUGACCAAAUUUACAAAAAUCCCUGCAUAAUGGCAUUUAUAUUCUGUUUAAGACCAUUCCAUAUUCAGCAAGUUAACUAGAGAAGCCUGUAAAAUUAUGAAGAGAAAACCUUAUAGCCUAAGGUAUACAAGUCACACACACACACACACCAAGAAAAAUAGCUCUAUAUGCUAAGGGUUCCAUGUUGCCUACUAUAUUCAACGUAUGAACUUCAUAUAUUAUUUCUGGAAAGAUAUAUUGCAAGUUUAGAUACACUCUCAAUUAAUAUAAAAAGCAACUUGUUAGUACGUUCACAUAGAAAAAUAGAAAUGCACCUACACGGAACUCAACUGAGUUGGGCUCUGUGAUUGAACAUACAUUAUUUUUUUAGGGGUUUGAUACACAAGUAUAAUAAGAUAUUAAUAGCACAUAUUCUCAAGAGCAGACUCAAUUAAGGCUUGGUUUUAUAUCUGAAAAAGUGGGUGAGUUCGUCUUACCCUUUUAGUGAGGACCAAUAGCCAUUUAGUCUCCAUUUUGUUCACAAUAGUUCUCUCAUAAAAUUUAUCAGUUAUAAUAAUGUCAUAAAUUCAAUAUUUUUUGUUUAUGCAAGACAUAAAUCUGUCUCUAGCUCUUUGCUCCUUUUUUGUCCAAAGAGAAAUGCCAAUGCACUUCUAAAAAAUAAAAAGUUAAGUGCUAUGUUAAUCCAAUAUAUUAGAAUUGUACCGGGAUAGAAUCAAGGAUAUACAUGAAAACAUGAAAACUGCCCAUUUGUCUGAUAUGCCAUCCAUUGCUUCCACUAAAUUCAACAUAUGUUUGCAUGUGCUCAGACAAAAUAAAACAAUGCCUUAGAAAAAAAAUCUCUGCAAAAUGUAGAAGCACCAAAUGAAGAAAAUUGUCUAUAUUUUAGUUAUUGAAUGUGAGAAAUAUAUUUUUCUUAUCGUUCCCACAUCUGCACAGAAAAUGUAAUGAUAGGGCAUUGCAAAUAUAUAUUUUAUUACAAUUUUCCUGACUCCAAGAUUACAUACAAUGUAUAAUCAGAAUGAUACAUAUAUUUUGUGUUUGCUAUGCUAUUUCUAGUAUACUGGAGAUAAAACAAAUGGUGUGUAUCAUGUACAUGUAUUAUGAUAUUGACAUUUGAAGUGAAGUGUCUCAUAGUUGUUUUGUAAGUAAAAAGACAGAAACCUUUCGGGACAACUCUGAAAGAAAAUGAUGGUAGUCAACUCAGCAGAGCAAGGAAACCUCAAUCUUGUUUUGGUUUGUCCUUGCUACCUUUGGUAGAUCUGUCACCAUACAUGUAGGUGUUCAUCUGGCAUUAAACUGUGUAUGCAAGACUGUUCUCGUAUCUGCAACAAACAAAACAAUUUCAGGCUACAUCUGCACAUUUUUUUUGUGUGGAUAGGGAUAGGGAUAAUCUAAAUGUAUCAGUAAGUGACAAAUAAGAAAUCUGAAGAGUAGAAGUGUUUUUAUAUUACAUAAUAUUUGUGAUGUAAAAAAAUAGGCAAUCUGUAUUGAAGCACCCCUCCUUGAAAUACAAAGGAGUUUUGUUUCCUGCAAAUGCGCUCUUUUGUUUUUGCAACAUGAUCUCUCGCUUUUUGCAAAAUAUCUCUCUUUCUUUCCCUUCAAAAUAGGGAUUAUUUUGAUAUCUGGAACAAUCUUGUUUUACACAUUCUACAUAGUGAGUGUACAUGCUGGAUGCAGAAUCCUAUAAAAGUUAAAUUUAGAUAAUGUUUAGUAAUACUUACAGCUCUCACUCUAUCUCAACAUAUUUAGAAUGCGUACACUUAAACAAAUAUUUGGUAAACUGUAGGUUGCAGCGUGCUAGGUUUGUGACAGGUAAUUGCAUGUAAAAGUGGAAAAAGAAAGAGUAACAAAGUAGUUUGCAAUAGUUUUACAGUCUUGCCCCUAUAUUUUUUCCAAUCAAUAUGUACAUGUAGAUCAAUCACUUGGGUUCACAGUAUCUGUGUUGUGAAGUAUUUAGAGUGAGAUUCCAAUCACUAUAUUACCUCAAAAAUUAAUAUUUCUAACAUUACAGUGUGCUCAGUCUAUGCUCAGAAUCAAUACUGUAAGUCUGUCUAUGACAAAUGUUUGUCUUUUGUUUUGUUUCGUGAUUGUGGUUUUUGCAUUUCAGUUUACCUCAUAAUUAACAGUAUACUCUAUCUCGUUUCAUGUACCAAAAGAAGCAGUUGAAAUACUCCAGAAAGAUGUGCAGCUUUUUAGUCUCCAAUUCUUAAUGAGAAAAAAAAGUGAAGAAAAGAAAUGAAGAGAUGGCAGUCAUUUUACAGAAUAAACUGUUCUCGUUUUCCAUUAAGAAACAAAUUACUUUUCUGAGGAUUUGGGUUAUAGAGCAGAGCAAUUACUGCAACAGAAAGCAAAAAUGUAGGCAAGAACACACUUUUGGAAAAUGUUAAAUAUUGAGUGUACUCAAUUUUCUUGGAUACUGUAUAUUUAGUCAACAAAAGAUUGAGGUGAAGCAGCUGAUUGUACUCUGCUGGAUCAGGAAUGGAAAAGUAUUUUGUUGCUGCAAAAUGAAAAUGCUCUUGGGUAAAAUUGAGUUGAAAUCUUUUAGUAUUAAUCAGGUGAUCAAAAUAGUUAAAUGUAUAAUUGAUUAUUUUGCUAAUAAUGUAAGAAACUUUUCUGUGGACCCCCCUCAGCCAAAUGUCAAAGAAUUGUUCAGUUUAAGGAAAUAUAUAUACAUGUGACUGCAACCCUACUUAUAUAUUAAAUCUGCAUAUGUAUACCUUGGUCUUAUUAACAAGAAAAGAAAAGACAUUGCUCCAUUGGCCAAGAAUUGUAUGGUUUGGAGUAGGUUUGGCAUUGGUUUUACAUUAGGUAUGGUCAAACCAUCACAAUUUUCAAAAUACUGCAUUCUUCUUAAUAUAUUUUUUAGUUAAUAUGUAUUGUAUUAUGCUUUGAAAUUUGUUGAACUCUGAAUGCCUCAAUUUAAAAGUCAGUCAAAUGAAUCCCAUGAACAUCCUGGACAAUGAAAAACAUAUUUAAGAA